UACAUGGUAUCAGAGCAAAGAUCAUUAUAAAUUUUUUUUCUGAUCAAUCAAACUAAGAAGUCAUGAGUGACAACGAAGAAACGAAGCAAGUGGCGGUGAAACAGAGUACGGCGAAAGUGAUAUCACCGUAUUCUUUGUUUUCAUCAGACAAUCCUGGUGCGUUGAUAACCUCGGUUCAGCUGAAGGGGGAUAAUUACAACGAAUGGGCCAUGGAGAUGGAGAAUGCUCUUCGAGCAAAGAAGAAAAUAGGGUUCAUCGAUGGGACUCUAUCUAAACCGGCAGAAGGUCAUUCAGAUUUGGAAUUGUGGCUUAGUGUUAACUCGAUGAUAGUUGGGUGGAUUAGAUCUUCUAUGGAACCAAUGGUCCGAUCUACCGUAACAUUCAUCACGGAGGCUCACAAAUUGUGGGAAAACUUGAAGAAACGAUUUGAAGUGGGGAACAAGGUACGAGUUCACCAACUGAUGGAGCAGCUGGCUUCGUGUAGGCAAAACGGUCAACCUGUGAUUGACUACUAUGGUCGUUUGGCCAUGAUGUGCAGUUGCUCAGCGGCUGCCGUGUAUGAGAAGGAACGUGAAGAUGAGAGAGUUCAUCAGUUCAUCAUGGGUUUGGAUGAAGUGCGGUUUGGUAAUGUCGUGACAGCAAUCAUUGAAGCUGACGACUUGCCAGAUCUUGGUAAAGUUUAUGCUAAAGUCAUAAGAGAGGAGGCUAGGUUAAAUUCAGCUAAGUCUCGAGAGAUUGUGCAGCAAGAGGCUAUUGGUUUCGUGUCUCGCAAGGAAGCGCAGGAAGAAACACGAGAUUCUUUUUCGUCUGGUUUUGGCUCGAAAACGGAGAACUCCAAUGUUGGAUAUGGAACUAGAGCAAGGGAUCGUCUGUGUUCUAACUGUGGCAAGACGGGGCACGAUAAGAGUAAUUUUUGGCAGAUCAUUGGCUAUCCGGAAUGGAUGAAUGAGAAGCGUGGAAGAGGAGGUUCAGGUAGAGGUCGUGGUGGUAACGCAGGAAGAGGUCGUGGUACAGCACAUGCUGCUCAUGCAACCAGCUCGCAAGGAGCAGGUUCGUCUGAUCUCACGCCUGAACAAUGGAGAGCAAUUUCCCAGAUUAUAAAUGAUGGGAAAUCAAGUGCUCAAUCAGAGAAGUUGUCUGGACCGUUCUUCGAAGACUCUGAUUGGAGCAGGUGAGGAACGUGGUGGGGUUUAUUUCUUCAGGGAUGUGAGAGUUGCAGAGGCUAAACGAGUUGAUGCAAGUGGUGAUCAGCUUCUGUGGCAUAGGCGACUUGGGCAUCCAGCUUUCUCGAUUUCAUCUUCUUUAUCUACUUUGUCUAGUGUUUUGAAUAAAGCUAGCUCUAGUCCUUGUGACGUGUGUUUUAGAGCAAAGCAAACCAGAGAUGUUUUC